AUGUCAUCGGAAGAACAGAAUCGCACAGCAACGGAAGACGAAGAACUCAUCAAAAAUUGCAAGUUACUUCUAUAUUAUGGAGCUUAUAAAGAAGUUCGAGAAACCAUUAAGAAGAUACAGCCAGUAAGAAGUGAACUGCCAGACGAGCUUGAGAGAGCGAGUGCAAUUGCCGACAUUCUUUACGCCAAAGAGAACCCGCUUCCGGAUGGGUCAAAAGAUUUAUACGGCAUGGUUAGAAUGACACAACCCGGACCGCUUUUGGUUAAAAACUUUGAGAAUCUUAUGCAUCUCCUGAGCUCCAAACAUAACCGGUUGCCGUUAUGCCACCAAUCUAGUGUUGAAGCCUCGGCCGCUUGGUCGGAGCUGUGUAGUCAAACCACUAAGUACGGGGAAAACAUUGAUCAAACCCAAGGAAAUUUCUUUGGAGACAUGGAUGUAGGCGGCAUCCAAAUCGGUGAUGGGGACAACCUUGAUCAACCGCAAGGAUUUGUCCUUGGACACGUCGAUGAAGGCGGUAGCCAAAACGGUGGUGGUCAAGAAAAAUGCCCUUGGAGACAUGGAUGUAGGCGGCAGACUAAUCGGUGGUGGGGACAACCUUGA